AUGAACUGGACAGCUGCAACUUGCUGGGCUCUGCUACUGGCUGCAGCUUUCCUCUGCGACAGCGGUGCAGCCAAAGGUGGCCGUGGAGGAGCCCGGGGCAGCGCCCGCGGAGGCCUGCGAGGUGGAGCACGCGGGGCCUCAAGGGUGCGCGUGAGGCCUGCCCCCCGCUACAGCGGAGCAGGCUCAACUCUGCGCGUGGCAGCAGCAGGGGCUGCAGCAGGGGCUGCGGCGGGGGCAGCUGCCAGCUUGGCUGGGGGCCCAGGCUGGAGAAGGGCCACAGGGCCAAAGGAGGGUGGCCGGGAGGACGACGAGGACUGGGCACCAGGCGGCAACGGGACAGGCAGGGGUGUGUACAGCUACUGGACCUGGACUUCUGGUGCAGAGUCCUCCCACCACCUGUGCCUCUGCCUGCUGCUGGGUGGUGCCCUUGGAGCCCUGGGCACCCUGGGGCUGCUACAGCCCUAGGCACAGCUGGGCUUGGGAUCCAUAUCCUGGCCCCCAGCCCAGCCUU